AUGACCCGCACAGAGCCGGACGGGAAGGAAUUGGGCGGCCGCGUGGCGGCCAUCCUGGCGCGCUGCCGGCAGCUGCACGUGGAGCCGGCCCAACUGCGCAGCCUGUCCGGCUACGACCGGCUGCAGCGGGCAGCGAGCGGCAAGCAGCCCCGCUGGCAGCCCUGGCUGCUACCCGGCCUACUAGCCAUCCUACUGGCCGUCUUCGUCCACCAGGAGCUGUACACAGUGCAAGGCCUGUCGCGGCUCAUCUUGUGGGUGGAGGGUCUCGACGUGGAGAAUGAGCCGUGCAUGAUCGAGAUGCAUCCGAUAAUGGCCGACCUGACGGCGACGCCAAACAACUGCAGCAGGUGCUCAGAUGUGCUGGACGUGGACCGGGUCUCCAACAUCACUCCGCAAGAGUUCGAGCUCAAGUACGCGUACUCGGGCCGACCCGUCAUCAUCACGGACGGCACCGCCAACUGGACGGCCCCCGCCGUCUUCAACUUCCAGUUCUUCAAGGAGCUGUAUGCGGAAAGCUCGGGGAGACUCGCGGCGGACAGCACGGAGAGGGGCUGCCAGUUCUUCCCAUACAAGACUGACUUCGACGGCCUGAGUGACGUGUUCUCCAUGUCGGCGGCCCGGGCCAACAUGCAGAAGGGCGAGGAGCCGUGGUACAUCGGCUGGUCUAGCUGCGACUCGGCGGCGGGGAACGAACUGCGCCGCCACUACACCCGGCCUUACUUCCUGCCGGAGACGGCCGAGUUGAGCCGACUCGACUGGAUCUUCAUGGGCACGCCCGGAUUCGGCGCACAUUUGCAUAUUGACCACGUGAAGCACCCGUCGUGGCAGGCGCAGCUGCAUGGCCGCAAGAUGUGGACGCUGGAGCCCCCACGCGAGUGUCUGUCUGUCUGCCGCAGCAUGGACGUCACCGUCAACCAGGGGGAGAUCAUUGUGCUGGACACCAACAUGUGGUACCACAUGACGCAGAUCGUGUCGGACGAGAUCAGCAUCACCAUCGGGUCCGACUACGACUGAGCCCCGCGCCGCUGUCAUCUGCAUGGACGUGCGCACGCCCGCGCGAUGCAUUCUAGU